CACCAAUUGAUUCAAACAAAAUUUAACAUGUACCUCAAGGCGACAAAAGAAAAGUCCUAUGAAACGGAGGGCGCCUAUGUACCCAAAAUGGAAAGCCUCCUUCCUUAUCAGGAUAAAUUGUAAACAGCCUGGACCGGCGCGGCGUCUAAAUCUCACUUGCACACUAACCACAUUUUUGUCUGACUCACUCCGUACUUAGCGCUCUGUGAUCUGUAUUUAUCCGUGGAGGGUAAACGGCCUGUAUCGGUACUACACCUUGUAUCCGUAGUAUUGCAUUUCUGUUUGAGCCGCGCCGUGUCAGCUAUUGUAUAAUUAAUGUCGGCCGUCAACAUUGAGCGAGGCGGGCAACGUGAGCUUGAAAUGUCGUCACCAGAGCCGAAGAUAGGCAACAAACGACCGAGGGAGGAUGGCGGUGGCUCUAUUGAAGGGGGAUCAAGCCAACUGCGACAAGCGAUUGUUCCAAUCGGUCAAAAGGACGCGUUGCUCAUUAGCGACUUGCAAUGGUGGACUACAGAUGAAGACCUCCGUCAGGUUGCCCAGAGCGUCGGUGUAAACAUUGAACAUAAGAACGUCACUUUUUCGGAACAUAAAAUUAAUGGGAAGAGUAAAGGACAAGCGUAUAUUGAAUGUGGGUCACCCGAAAACGCGGCCAUCCUUAAGAACUGGUUCUCUACCAACGAAUUCCAGAAACGUUGGGUUGCGGCCGAGUUGACGUCCAGCGGUUAUGGUAAUCCAUACCGUACAUUGCCCAAGGACCCGGUUCCGCGGGUGCAGCAGAAUGGAAGCAUGGGCAGGGGUGGUAACCCCAACUUCCGUGGCAGGGGUGGUGCUGUGCGAGGAGGCAUGGUACCCAACCCGGGAAUGAUGGGAAUGCCGAACAUGGGGAUGGGCAUGCUCAAUAUGGGUAUGGGCGGGGGUUACAUGAUGGGCAACGAAUUUCAAGGCCAGGAUGGAAUGAUGAACCAUGGUGGGAGAGGAGGCAUGAUGAAUGAUCGUGGCGGUAUGGGUACGGAUUUCUAGUUUUCCUUUAGCUGCUGUAUCAUUCCGUGUUGUGCUUACGUCGUGCUUUUGUGCUUUUGUUCGUUAUAUUAGGUAUGGGAAUGAUGAAUGCUAUUCAACGCGGAG